AUGAAACGCUCAAUUUCUGAGGCGUUUCGGGGCUCAAUUACUGAGAAUAAAGAUGCCGAACAGUUCCUGAAAGAUAAUGAAAAAUUCUUUAUUAAGAAUGAAAAGGCGGAAGCAAGUAGCCUUUUCAACAAACUUGUCUCCAUGAGUUUAAGUUAUGCACCUGUUGAUACUUGGUGGGUAGAUUCUGCUGCAACUACUCAUCCCUUCCCUACUGUCUCUUGGAAUAGACAACGGUACUUUAUUACGUUCAUAGAUAAUUACUCUCGUUAUGGGUAUCUAUAUUUAAUUCAUGAAAAUUCCCAAGUUUUGGAUGUUUUCAAGUCUUUCAAAGUUGAAGCUGAACUUCAACUUGGAAAGAAAAUUAAAGCUGUCAAAUCUAAUCGUGGUGGUGAAUACUACAAAGAUACGACGGUUCAGGUCUUUGUACCUAUUAUUGUUCAAGACACAGUUAUAGUACAAGAGCAGAAUGAGAAUCCUACUGUAGAUCCAGUUACAGUACAAGAGAACAAUGAGAAUAUCGUUGUUGCUCAAGAUACUGCUACAACACAGAAAAUAAUGAGAAUUUUUCUCAAUCCCAAUCUAUACAACAAGCUUAAUAACCUCACGAAGUGUCAUUACUCAUUAAGGAGAUCCAAUAGAGAAAAAAAAAUCAUAUAUGGUCUCAAACAAGCUUCCCGUCAAUGGUAUCAUAAGUUCAUCAAGUCAUUACCUUAUGGUUUUGAGGUAAAUAUCAUAGAUGAAUAUGUAUACCGCAAGUUCAGUGGGAGUAAACACAUCUUUUUGGUCUUAUAUGUUGAUGAUAUUCUACUUGCCAGUAACGAUAAAGGCUUGUUGCAUGAAACUAAAAAAUUUCUAUCUAACAAAUUCGAAAUGAAAGAUUUUGGUGAUGCCUCUUUUGCAUUAGGAAUUGAGAUACUAAGAUAUUGCUCUCAAAGUAUUCUUGGAUUAUCACAAAAGAACUAUAUCGAAAAGAUUUUAAGUAGAUAUGGUAUGGAAAGAUGCAGACCAAUGGACACACUCGUAACUAAAGAAGACAAGUUCAGUAUCAAGCAAUGCCCUAAAAAUGAUCUUGAGAGGACAGCAAUGCAUGAUAAACCUUAUGCAUGA